AACACACAAGGCAAUGAUGGCGGCGUUCAGUGUGGCUAGAAGAAGCUGCAGGCUGAUAAACGGGUUGAGGACUUCAUUCAGGAGUUUGACGCCUGUGAAACAUGGCGCAGUCGCUGCCGCAGUGUCUCAGACGAACUUGCAACGGGACAGCCGCUGGUACUCAGUCAGCCACCUGUCCGUUCAGGAGAGGAUUGACAUGAAACGUGAGGCGGCGCUAGUCGGGGGAGGUCAGAAGAGAAUAGAUGCACAACACAAAAGGGGUAAGCUGACAGCCAGGGAGCGAGUGGAGCUUCUGCUGGACCCAGAUUCCUUUGUGGAGUCGGACAUGUUCGUGGAGCACCGCUGCUCUGACUUUGGCAUGGAGCAGGAUAGAAACAAGUUCCCAGGUGACAGCGUCGUCACAGGCCGAGGCAGGAUCAAUGGCAGGCUGGUUUAUGUAUUCAGUCAGGACUUCACAGUGUUUGGUGGCAGUCUGUCUGGAGCUCAUGCACAGAAGAUUUGUAAGAUUAUGGACCAGGCCAUGACAGUUGGAGCACCGGUCAUCGGGUUGAACGACUCUGGAGGAGCUCGGAUCCAGGAAGGAGUGGAGUCUCUGGCUGGUUAUGCAGAUAUAUUCCUGAGGAAUGUGAUGGCUUCAGGAGUCGUACCUCAGAUCUCCCUCAUCAUGGGUCCCUGUGCAGGAGGAGCUGUCUACUCCCCCGCCCUGACAGAUUUCACCUUCAUGGUUAAGGACACAUCUUACCUGUUCAUCACAGGACCUGAUGUUGUGAAGUCUGUCACCAAUGAAGAUGUGACCCAAGAGGAGCUCGGUGGAGCCAAAACACACACCACCGUGUCUGGAGUAGCUCACCAUGCUUUUGAGAAUGACAUUGAAGCCUUGCUCAACAUGCGAGAGUUCUUCAACUUCCUGCCGCUAAGCAACCAGGAUCCCUCCCCCAUCAGGGAGUGCCACGACAGCAGUGAUCGUCUGGUACCUUCAUUGGACACCAUUGUCCCAUUUGAGACAACCAAAGCCUACGACAUGUUGGACAUCAUUCGAGCAAUAGUGGAUGAGAGCGACUUCUUUGAGAUCAUGCCUAACUACGCCAAAAACAUUGUGGUUGGAUUUGCUCGCAUGAAUGGACGCACUGUGGGCAUUGUGGGUAACCAGCCCAAAGUGGCUUCUGGUUGUUUGGACAUCAACUCUUCAGUGAAGGGAGCUCGCUUUGUACGCUUCUGUGAUGCUUUCAACAUCCCCAUCAUCACCUUUGUGGAUGUGCCGGGCUUCCUGCCAGGUACCGCUCAGGAGUAUGGAGGCAUCAUCAGACACGGAGCCAAACUGCUGUAUGCUUUUGCAGAGGCCACAGUCCCCAAAAUAACCAUCAUCACCAGAAAGGCUUACGGAGGCGCCUAUGACGUGAUGAGCUCCAAACACUUGAGAGGAGACGUGAACUACGCCUGGCCCACAGCAGAGGUUGCUGUCAUGGGUGCCAAGGGUGCUGUUCAGAUUAUUUUCAGAGGAAAGGACAACCAGGCAGAGGCAGAGGCUGAAUACGUGGAGAAGUUCGCCAACCCCUUCCCAGCUGCUGUCAGAGGUUUCGUGGAUGAUAUAAUCGAGCCGUCGUCCACACGCAAGAAGAUCUGCAGUGAUCUGGAGGUGCUGGCCAGCAAGAAGCAGGUCAACCCGUGGAAGAAACACGCCAACAUUCCUCUGUGAAGCACACCCAAACUGUUCCACAUUAGCACUAUCUAAAGGCACUCGCUGUGGGAUUUUCUUGACAUUGACUUUACAUUCAAAUGAACUGCAGUGGUUCCCCUUGACAACGACUCGAGCAGCCUGCCAAGCAGAUGUUUGUUGUCAUUUACCACUCCACUGACAAAAAGAUACACUCCCUGAUUUUGUAAGAGCGUAAAAACGUCCCAAUUGUUCCCUUCCAGCUCACUGAUUAUGUGUUAAACUAUAAACUUUCUUAAACAUCAACCUUUGGGGAAAAUAUUGGCGCUCUGUAAACAUAAUCAGUGUGUGUAUCUUUCCUCUUUUACUACUGAUAUGCAAGAAUAGGAAGCAUUUCACAGCACCUGACCGGAGUAAUAGUGGUCACACACAUUAGGGGUAAUUGCCAUGUCGGUAGUGGCCAUAUUGGUCACCAUUGUUGGUCUAAUUUGACAUUUUGAGAGCAAGGUUGUAUCUGAAAGGGUCAAUUACAGUUUACUGCAACUGAAGGAACACAGGCAAUAAACCGUCUAACAUGACAGUAUUCAUGGAAAUGCGAACAUGCUGCAGUUUUUUGCCAUGUGCCGAGUUUGCAAACUUGUAAAUGUACUGUAUUUAGAUGUUUAGGUUGUGCUGUGUACAGUAGUUUGCGCUUUCAGUCGCACUCCUUGUGUUUGUCUUUCGUUUAGGUCAACAAAAAUUCAUCCUCAAAACCUGGAACUGUGCCUUUCCUCUGUGGCAGGCUCUGCUCUGCCAUUUGUAAAAUAAAUCAUGGACUCAUUA